AUGCUAGAUUCUGAAAUGGGACCAUUGUGCGGAGUCCGAGGAGCUGCUGCCAGCGGCAGUGUUCAGGGUGGCACCGCACAAAUCGUGGGUGGGACGGCCGCCACACCGCUCGAGUUCCCCUGGCAGAUCUCCCUCCACCUCAUCCAGCUCCCGAACACAGAUCUGGGUCACAUCUGCGGCGGUUCCAUCAUCAACAAGCAAUACGUCGACACGGCGGCUCACUGCAUCCUAGAUGGCUACAAGUCUCCGUCGAACUAUAUUGUUGUGAUUGGCGACCAAAACCUCAACGUGGUAGAUCCCUACGAGCAAAGAAUCGCAGUGGCGAACAUCAUGAUUCAUCCGCAAUGGAACCGUUCCACCGUGAACUACGAUUACGCCUUGCUGAAGCUGGCGAGACCGCUCAACUUCACGGGAAGCGAGAAGGCACUCAUGCCCAUCUGCCUUCCGACGCCCAACCAGGAAUUCGACGGAAUGACCUGCACCGCCAGCGGAUGGGGACUCACGAAAGACGAGUCCCGGGGUGGAAGAAACCUAUCCCAAUCCCUUCAGAAGGUCGAUUUGCCCAUCGUGGCUUACACAACCUGCCACGAUUACUACCGUUUCGUUAAUCCGGUUGUACAAAGCACCAUGAUCUGUGCCGGUCCCGAAGCCGGCGGAAAAGGAAGCUGUCAGAAGGUCAUAGACAAGUUUGACAUGUCAAAAAAGGAAGUCACUAAAGAGCUGCUACUGACACUGCAUAAUAAGAUAAAAUACGUUUUGUAUUACCGGAACAUGAAGCUCUACAUGCGACUGGAACUAAAAGUCACCAAACUCCAGCGGUACUAA